GAAAACCGCAGUCCGCCUCUCAACCCAAGCUCUGCAAUUCCGCGAACAGAAGAAAUGGCGGAACCGAUCGUGAAGCCGGUGAUCUCCGCUCUCGUAGCUCUGGUCCUCGUCUCGUCGAGCCUCGCCGCUUCGGAGGUCGUGCCUUUCAUCGUCGCGCACAAGAAGGCCUCCCUCGGCCGGCUCAAAGCCGGCGCCGAGCGCGUCUCCGUGACCGUCGACAUCUACAAUCGCGGGACUUCGUCUGCUUAUGAUGUGAGCCUUGCGGAUAAUAGUUGGCCGUCGGAUGUUUUUGCUAUUGUCAGCGGAAACACAUCUAGGACAUGGGAAAGGAUCGACAGUGGUGGUCUCGUAUCGCACUCUUUUGAAUUGGAGGUCAAAGAAAAAGGGAUGUUCGCUGGGGCCCCUGCAGUAAUUACAUUCCGAAUCCCCACUAAAGCUGCUCUUCAGGAGGCCUAUUCUACUCCUAUACUGCCUCUCAAUAUCCUCGCAGAUAGACCACCACAGCAGAAGAUUGACUGGGCUAAGAGGUUGCUGGCACAGUAUGGAUCUCUAGUUUCUGUAAUUUCCAGUGUGGUUCUCUUUGUGUACUUGAUCUCCACACCAUCGAAAUCAAGUGCUACAAAAGGUAGCAAGAAAAGGCGCUGAUCGAAGUGCGCUCGUUUCUCAUUAGAUCUUUGCGCUGUUGUACGAGCAAGCAAUUAAUUAGCCCAUUCUAUAUGCUAGGGAAACAUAAAGUGACCUUUGCGGUCAGGAAUUUCCUUCAUAGGUGAAAUUUAGCGCUUGAGAGGACCAGCUAAUUUCUAGUUAGAGUAACAGCUGGUUGAGAACUUAAAUUAGUUGUCUCCGUACAUUUUGUGACGAGCCAUCAAUUUUGCAUUGGAUAGCAUGUUCUGCUUCAAGUUCUAUUUCACUUGGUUUUUAUCAGGCAUUGUUUUCCCC